UUGCAGGUUGAAAAUCAGAAAUGGAGAACACACUAAUUUUCUUCCUUAAAUAUGGGGAGGAAGAGCACGCUGUCGAACUACCAGAAUAUGACACAGUGGAAAUUUUAAAAUCGAAUGUUUACGACAUGUACGGAAUUCCGCCACACAGACAAAUAAUUGAAGGAUGGAAAAACACCCCGAGAGGAGAUGACGACAUUCUGCAAAGUUGCGCUUACCCAAUAGACAUAAACUACUUAACGAUUCGUCGAAUGGAUUUAUUUAUGGAAAACGACACAUUGUCGCAAAAUGAUAGCAAUAGUGAAGAUGAGGAUAAUGAACCCCCUUAUGUGAAGAGAGAAAAAUGGACAAUGCAACCUGGAAUGGAUGAAGAAAUGUUGAAGAGUCGCGUCAGAGAACCUGCCACGGCAUAUGUUUUGUCACAGAAUGAAUCGAUUUCAAGAACUGGCGGUUUAGAUUGCUUCAGCAGAUCGGCAGAGUUUCACGGUGGUAUUGGUGCCGCAUGUUGUUGUUAUGAUAAAAUAGUGAGGACCAAUAGAAACUGCGGCGUAGAAUUUAACAUUGUGUCAUUGAGUGAGGCAGUGUCACGGACAUGCCUGACAUCUAUAGAAAAGCGGAAAGUUCUACUUCUUUAUUUUCACAAAGAUAACGAACCGUUUUCCGAAAUUUUCCUCAGGAACCUGCGAAACCCCAAAAUUGUCGAAAUAUUGAAAAGCAGUUUCUUCAUUCUGGGAUGGGACGUAGAAAACGCCGACAACCACAGCGAUAUCGAGAAAGCCCUAAACGAGUUCGACUUGUCCUAUCUGGCCAGUUUCGUCAAGUGCAUGGUUAGCGCGGCUUUACUGAUCCAAAACAUAGACGGCUGCAUCGCCGUCAAUUCUUGCAUGUCUGGAAAGAUUUCCGACAAGAAUUUUCUUACAUCUCUGGAGAACGUUUCGACCUUUUUGAAGUCUGAGAAACUCGAGCAGAAAGAGUUGGAAAAUCUCGAAAAGAAGGUAGGUAGUGAGAUCGACAUGGAUUCUACCAAUUACCAAAAAAUGAUGGCGGACAUGCUUGGCGAUAGAGAUUAUGAUUCUUUCGAUUUCGAUCAGCACGAGGAACUCAAGAAGAAAAUCGCUUUCGCCAUGUUUGGACCACCUGAGGAGGUGACCGGUUACGAAAAUAAAAAGUUGAAGAAGGUGGAGGAUGUCUACGAGUCUAUAAUGAACAGUAGUAAUGAAAUCGCCAAAUACCUCGACAGAGUGGAAAUAUCCUUCAUUUACAAUUGCACAGAACCGCUUCCAAAGGAAAAACUUUCCAGAGCGAAAAAGUAUCCUGAUUACAACCCCAAUACUGAUCUUAUGCCUGUCCCUAUUUUUGUUUUGAGGAAAUGUCGUGAUAGCGACAAUCCCUGCAGAAUUUUCAUUGAUGAUACUGGUCGGACCUACCAAAGUUGGGUUGAAUAUAUAAACAAGAAUAAGCUGCAUGAAUGCAAAAUGGUUCUGCCGCGGAUGGGAAGAUACGAAGUAAACGAUAAGGGACAAGUGCUUCUGGAGCAUCAUUUAUCUCCUGCUUGCGGACUGGAUGUGAAAAUUUUGAAAGGUGUCGACAUAGCCACAACAGUGACCGGCUUAGCCUCAGGAGGGGUUUUCAUCGCUGCUGCCAUUCCUUUCAUUACUGUUGCACCAGCAGUGUUGAUUGCGGCCGGGGCCUUUGGGAUUGGUACGGGAGUAUAUGCAAUUGGACGAAGCAUCCAUACUCUCAUUGACAGAUCAAAACACAAAGAGACGCUCAGUUUUGCUAAUUCAGAUGCUAGAGGUGCCUAUUUGAAUAUACUUGCCGGUUCUCUGGGCUUUGUUGGCGCAGGCACCAACGUUCUGGUUUCCCAACUGGUUGCAAACGGCGUUAACAUUUCAAAGGGCGCUGGAGCAAUUGUUAACACAAUCGGCAUCGUCAAUCUAGGCGCCAGCGGAGCCAGUGUUCUGAACACGGGAUACGAUGUGGUGGAUAGAUGGAUAAAUGAGAAUGAAACUCCCUCUGCUUUGACUGUUUUGCAAUUGAGUUCAUCUAUUUUGUUCUUCGGAAACGCCGUUUAUAGUUUCAAAACCUGUUCCACUAUCGUCGAAGAAACGCAAGCAAAAACUUUAAAGAAUUAUCAGGAUUCGUUGAGAAGCAAUAGACACAG